CAGACGCGACCGCUCCCAGAGACCCGACUUUCCUUUCGUAACGAACUAACGAUCUUUUGCUUUCUCCUUCUUUCUUUCGGCUUCUCCCCGUCUUCCCUAUUCCCUCCCUUUCUCCUUUUCUUUUCUUUUCUUUCCCCACACGGCCACACCCCACAGCCACAAAGCAAUACGAAUACCCAAACACCACCGAAUCCCACCGUCCCUCUCCACAAAUCACAGCUUUCUUCCUCUCCUUUUCUUGUUCCCCUUUUUCAGAAUUCAAAUUUUGUUCCGAUAGACGUUUCCUUCUUCUGCUAGUUCUCUCCUCUCUUUCCGAUCUUCGCCAGCGGCUUCUCUCGGCACUUCCACGAUCUCGUACCUCUCCUACUCUCCUCCAGGCUCCAGCUAGUUCGUGACGCGACAGCCAUGGCUUUCAGAGGGCUUUGUUUCUCUUUGUUCGCAAGCUUGGAAUCCCCAAUUUGUGCAACCCUGAAGACCUCUUCGAAUCGAAGUGAGAUUCACGAUGAUGAUGAAGCUGUGCCGUCAAUAGAUUUUCAUAUUCGCUUUGCAAACUGUGAAGUGCGAUUCAGUGAUGCGAUUGUUGUGAAUUGUGGUCGUUGUUUUUGUUGGGAGGCAAUUGCAUGUGUGUGUGUGUGGGCGAAUAACAAUUAGGUUUUCAUUUUGGUCAGCCGAAUGCAACAUCAGGGAUGGGCGUCGCAGACCACAGCAAGACCACAUUCCUCGAGCUGCAGAGGAAGAAGGUUCAUCGCUACGUGAUCUUCAAGAUCGACGAGAAGAAGAAACAGGUGGUGGUUGAGAAGACGGGAGGCCCAGCUGAGAGCUAUGAUGAUUUCAGUGCUUCCUUGCCUGAGAAUGACUGCCGAUACGCGGUCUAUGAUUAUGAUUUCGUGACUGAUGACAAUUGCCAGAAGAGCAAGAUCUUCUUCUUUGCUUGGGUCCCCUUCCGUUUCUCGCAUCCGUGCCAAGAUGCUAUACGCAACAUCGAAAGACAGCUUCAGAAGGGAGCUUGAAGGCAUCCAUUAUGAAAUCCAGGCCACCGACCCGACUGAGAUAGAUCUGGAGGUGCUAAAAGAGCGUGCAAACUGAGAACAGUCUCCACCGGUCAACAGCAUAUCGAAUCAGUAAUCUUAGCAAAACCCACCAUUGUGUUUUUCUUGUGUGAAACACCUACAAGAUCAUCGUUACUUGUAUACCUGAUUUGUUCUGCGACAAAGUAUACACAGAGCAAGUGCAGCUUGAUUGUAUUAAAAUAAUUGAACCGCCUGGAAAAGGCUGUUAUCAGGAUCAAGCUUAUGUUUGGUUGUAAUGUGGUAACAGGUAUUGUAUUUCCUUAUUCGUGUCUUCUCCCUGCCGUCAGGUUAGGUUGGUUUGGUUUAAUCUGGAUAGGCCAAUGAUGGUAAUCGGUUUGUUGUUUGGUCUUUUGUAGAAGAUAUCGCCAUAAUUUGCUCUGUGCAGGUUGGUGUCAUAUCUUUCCGGAGGGAAAGACAGGGUAGCAUUAUUGAAACGGUUAUGUUCUUAAAUAAAAGGGACUAUUUAGAAAUCUGUACCCUUCACAUCAUCAUCGUUCUCCAUGUAUUAUUUUUACCAUUUCAGCCCCUAAUAUUUUGCGUAGUGCCUUUUGCCCCCUACAAAACGAACUUUUGUUAUCACCAAAAGCCAACAGGUGCGUCCACCUUCCUCUAACUUGGCCCCUAUUUGGACUAACUAUCUUCUUUCUUCACUCAGG